CUGCCGUCUGACAGUUACAAGUGUCGCAAUCAACUGAGGACUUAAAUAGGAGUGACCUCCGAGUUGAGCGAGAGGUGGGAGAGAGAUAGAGAGAGAUCAGUCCGGGUUAUCUGGAGACCAUGUCUGAGCCUAUUAGAGUUCUGGUGACCGGCGCUGCUGGGCAGAUUGCCUAUUCCCUGUUGUUCAGCAUUGCCAAGGGAGAUGUCUUUGGCAAAGAUCAGCCAAUCACCUUGCUCCUUUUGGACAUUACGCCCAUGUUGCCAGUCCUGGAUGGUGUUGUCAUGGAGCUGCAGGACUGUGCCCUCCCACUUCUGAGAGAGGUUGUCCCCACUGAUAAGGAGGAGGUGGCCUUCAAGGACCUGGAUGCAGCCAUCUUGGUGGGCUCGAUGCCCAGGAGGGAGGGAAUGGAGAGGAAAGACCUGCUCAAAGCCAACGUGGCCAUCUUCAAGAGCCAGGGAACCGCCCUGGAGAAGUACGCCAAGAAGACAGUCAAGGUGCUGGUUGUGGGAAACCCUGCCAACACCAACUGUCUGAUAGCAGCCAAGUCUGCUCCCUCCAUCCCCAAAGAAAACUUCUCCUGCCUCACCCGUCUGGACCACAACAGGGCUCGCUCUCAGGUGGCGAUGCACUGUGGCGUUCCUGCCAGCCAUGUGAGGAAUGUGAUCAUCUGGGGCAACCACUCAUCCACCCAGUACCCAGAUGUGCACCACUGCUUGGUCAACGUGUCCGGUAGUGAGCUCCCCUGCUUCGAAGCAGUCAAGGAUGAUACCUGGCUCAAAGGAGAUUUCAUUGCUACCGUGCAGCAGAGAGGGGCUGCAGUCAUUAAGGCCAGGAAGCUGUCCAGUGCCAUGUCUGCAGCCAAGGCCAUAUGUGACCACAUGAGAGACAUCUGGUCAGGCACCCCCAAGGGUGAGUUCACCUCUAUGGGUGUUUACUCCUCCGGCAACUCCUAUGGAGUCCCAGACGACCUAAUCUACUCAUUCCCUGUCCAGAUCAAGGACAAGAAAUGUAAGAUUGUGGAGGGCCUGGCCAUAAAUGAUUUCUCCCGAUCGAAGAUGGAUGCCACAGCAGCAGAGCUGAUAGAGGAGAGAGACACAGCUGUGGCUUUCCUGGGAGUAUGACAAGACCCUGCAGGGCUACCCUACCAACACUUAGACAGCCCAAAAACUCCAGACGCACGGCUGUGAUAAAGCACUCCACCAACCCUUGCAUUACUCUGAGUGUGUGUGUGUGAGUGUGUAAGAGUGAGAGUGUGAGAGUCAGUGUUUAUGAGUGUAAAGUUGGAUUUAUACUUGUGUGUCGGGAGGCUAUGUAGUAAAAACAUAGAGCCUAUGUACACAGCCACAUAGAGACAGUGAUUGGCUACCUUGGGUUGCUUGUGUUUUCUUUCACAAGCUUCCGGUCCUGCUGGAGACGGGUUGGUGUUGAUAGUGAAGACAACAUUAAGAGAGACCGAGAAGGUCACCAGACAUAUUCUGUGAUGUAGCAAAGCCUUUUCCACGACAAACCUACUCGUUCUGAUUGCCGCCGUCUAUCGCGUGAAAGAAAAAAAAAAAAAAAAGAAUGUACCCAGGUUUACUUUGGCUAUAAAUGACUGCAUGGCAUUAGUCUCAUAUCCAGUAGACACAAGAGACCCCGUUGGCGGGGUUGCUGUACAUUAUGACACACAAGUAUAACUCCGCCUUAAGUAUAGGGUACAUGCUGAAAGUCCACCAAAUUUGUUACCAGCUGUUUUCUGAUCAUUUUUCUCUGGGGUUAAGUGAAUGGAUGGUUGUUACAUAUAGUCAAUGCUGCACUAAGUCCCCAAACACUGGAAUGGAUAACUUUUAAACUGGAACAAUAAAAAAAAAAUUAAA